ACAGGAUAGAGCGAUAGAGGAGGCGAAUGAAACUCCUCGCAUACAACGACCACGACGGAGAAGAAGAAAAACUGGCGAGCUCGCAGCUCCGGACAUACUAUUCUGUGGCAGCAGAAAAAGACAUUUUUCGUUCAAAUUCGUCUAGUUUUCCUAAGUUUUGCGUGACAUCGAUGCAGUUGCAGUAUAGUUACGGUGAAAUAUUGUGAUAGUUUUUAGUGUUGAAGGGUUUUCGCGAGGAAUUUUCAAUGCUAAAAUUCGUAGCAGCAGGAGGAGACUGAGCGAAAAAAAAAUAAGAAGUCGAUACACAUACGAGGAAGAAGAAAAGCGGCCAGAGUGAGUGUGUGAAUUUAGAAGAGAUUCGACGAGCCUCGAUUCAAGAACAGAGAAAAAAUAUAUAUUUCUGGAGAAGAAAUAUCGGCAAACCUUCAAUGGGUCGGAACUGGGAUUCGUGUUUUUUGAGGGAGAUUUCGCCAGUGAUGGCGGCUGAUCGAUAGUUGUCGAAAAGCCGUGGGCGUGUAAGUGGACCAACUGUUAUCAGCAGGUGAAUAUUUGGCGCUGGCUCCUCAAUGAAUUUAAUUCCUCUUAGCGUACUGUUGCUACCAUACGUGCCAAUAAAAAAUCUUCCACAUGUGUACCCAGCAAGAAUUUUAAUAAAGCAGUACUUUUUUACAUUUUAUACUUCCAAUCUGGUUAUUCAGUCUUAUAGCCGUUUAGGAUUUUGUUUUGCAGAACACUGUGGAGUACAAUGAUUCACCCUUUUACCGAAGGGCAAGUGCGAGAUUCGGUGAUCCGCCCGUGCUUUGUCAUGUGUAUCAAACAAGAUAGAAAUCUGUGGCUGUGAAGCAAAAAUUAAAAAAAAAUCUCAGGGCCUUUUAAAUGUACGAUUUUCUGGUAAGUGAGCUGUGGCAACGAAAUACUAAGUCUUUUUACUAGUGUGGUUACAAGGCAGAUGAAGAAAAUGGUGACGAAGCUCUGAAAAACUUCGAGUGUGGAUGGAAACCAUUAAAAACACGUAGGGAAGUGAAACAGAAAAAGGCUGCGAAGCUAGCGGAGGAAAAGUUGACAGAUUGCGAGUGUAUUUGCGUUGGUGUUAGUGUGUCGGUGUGUAUGUGCGCGGCAGUGAUAUAGGGUUUACUGCUGGGGAGAAUCGAUUUUUCCCUCGGCGACUACGUUGGAGUAGGCCUAUAUUGCAGCCAGCGAUUCUCCCUUCAAUGGGGGAAAUCCUCGACUGGAAGGAUUUACUGUGGAGGGGAAAGCAGCAGGAAGUGUGAAACGGAAGCAAACCAGAGUUGGUGGUAGAAACAGAAAUUCAUCAAGCGGACACGUACGCAUACAGAACCGCACAGAUGUGACCCCAACCUCGCCGUAAUAUCAUCAUGCAGAUUAAUGGGGACGAUAGCUCACGCAUUCGCAGUUUAACUCCUUGCAUAGGCAGAAACCCGAUAUUCGCUAGUUUAUUUAAAUUAUCGACACCAUAGUCCGUGCAGAUAUAUAAGCAGACUUUUAUAGUCCAAUAUGACACUCGAUAGAAUCCAGACGGUUCAACACAUCCGUCUAUAAGUCUGAGGAAUCACGUAGCAGUCAAAAUAAUUAAUUGAUAAUGUCCUCUUCCAGUGAAAAUUAAAGUCGCGGUAUAGCGAUUCACCGAGGGCUGAUGAAUAAAACGAAUAUCAAUAAGAAAAGCAACGAACAUCACUCGAGUCGGACAUUCCACGGUGGAAAAAGAGGAAAAAAGGCGAGCUACACUCACACCAAUAGAACCUACAUACGGUUGUAAUCUCGCGCUGGAGCAAAACAAAUUAAAGGUAUUAAAUAAGUGAGAAAGAGAGAGAGAGAGCACGAACCGCAGACUGAAAUCCUACACACAUUCUUAGUCGUUCACCCUGCCACAUAUCUUGUGAACCGCGCGAUCGACUGCGGCUUGCGCCACCGAAGGGCUCUAUCAAAGCCCAGUUCCGUUUUGGUUCAAGGACCAUGUAUAUUAUCAAUCCCACCAGCGGCAAGGAAAUCCCAAACAGUUAUCCAACCAGUUCUAGCGCCGGAAGCAACUCGUCAAACAGUAGCAGCAGCAACAGCAUUAUCAAUAAUGCUAGCUCACAUCAGCAAGAGAUUAUCAGCCAAAUCCUGACAAAAUGUGCCACGAUGACCGAUGAAGUGGCCACCAGUGGUACAACCGCAGCUACCACCGUCAAUGGUACCGCGACUAUACUGCUUUCUCCGUCGCACCACCACUCCCAUCACCAUCAGUCACUUCCUGCCGGAGUUUCGCCCCAAUCGUCGCCUGCUUCCACGUCGUCCAGUGCGUCGUCUCCGACGGCCGACGGUCCCCAACAGCUGCAGGCCAGUUUUGGCACAACCGGUCGGGAGAAAACGCCUGCCGCGGGUAAGCCCGGUGGCAGCGGAGCGGCGGCUGGUGGACAGAAUGGAACGUCGGCUGCUAGCUCAAUAGGAAUAUCUUUCGGCGCAGACGGGACCACUUCGAAGCACGCUCAUGGCACCGGAAGUGGCGGCAAAGUUAACGGCAACGGUACUGCAACCGUCAGUGCCACCAACGCUUCUGGUGGUCGAUUGCAAUUUUUCAAAGAUGGUAAAUUUAUUCUGGAGCUGGCACGCGCCCGCGAGGGCGAAAAAACCAGCUGGAUCUCGGUUCCUCGCAAAACUUUCUGGCCACCGACGGUUAGCUCGACCAGUGCUAACUUUCACAAGCACGAAAGCUCGACUUCACUCAGCUUUUCGGACGACAACAGCUCGAUACAGUCAUCGCCAUGGCAGCGGGAUCACUGCUGGAAGCAACCGAAUCCUCGGCCAAACAUUUCCAAGGAAAUGGCUCUGUACUAUCACCGGCCGAGUUGUGUUCGGUUCAAGCUGUCGAAGGAUGUAUUGAAACGUUUGCGGCUAAAGCGAAGACGGCCCUACGAACAGCAGCAUCCGACUGAGGGUGGGGCUGGCGGUGUAGCACUGAACUAUGAGAUUAUUAGGGAUAGGCAAUUACAACCGUCAGACGAUGUGGAAGAUGAUGCAAUGGAUCUGAAGGUGAACGGAAAAGUUGCCGAAAAUGCAACGAACGAUAAUGAUCAAAAUAAUGGUCAAAGUAAAACUUCUAACGGACUGGGUACUGCUAAUGGAACGAGAGAUUUCAGUGUAAGACGCUUUAGGGGAAUGCUAAAACGAAGGAAAGAGCUGGAUUCGAUUGUGCAACAUUUGAAAAUUAGAGUAGCAACUAAUUUGGGUAACACGACGCCACGAAUACCGGCAGCAGCAGGUUUGCGGAGUGUCUUCAGCUCUUCCCACCAACAGCAUGUUUCACCACGCAAAAGAAUACUCAGAGAGCUGGAGAAGGUUUCGCUGGAGGACAGUAGUACUAUGAAGAGAUCUCGCCCUAAAUCAGGUAGUAAUAGCACUGUGAUCACUGCUACAACCGCAACACCUCUUGCUCCAGUCACCAGUAAUGGCACCGGCUCUAGCGGAACCUGUAGUGGUAAUAGCAACAGCAAUAACAGUGGUAAUAUUGGUAAUAACAAUAGUAAUAGCAACGGUAAGUUGACCAACGGACUGCCAGCAACACCGAUUGCAGCGGAACCACGCCACACAGCAACAAUCCCAACGACGCCGGUGUCACGACCAAUAAGUAGUUACAGUAUAACUUCGCUGCUCGGACACAACUCAUCCAGCGAAAGCAGCAAUCGUCCUAAGCAGCUGGAAACAAAUCCUACAACUAGUCAUCAUCCGUACCAGCAUCCGCAUUCUUCUCACUAUCAGUAUCUUGGCAAGGACGUCAUAGCCGCUCCAAAGUCUCCCUCCGAUACGCAUCUAAGUCAGAGGUACUACGGCAAGAAGAAAUCUCCUAGUUAUGGUACACAGAGUGCCGCAUCUCCGAGCUCUGCGACCGAAUUCGGCGCCGGCUAUGGCAUGGUCCGCUCUCCAGAUCUCAGUCCUAGCCCAGAACAUCAAACUCACAGUAGUUUCACGCGCUAUAGGCAGCAUCCCUAUAGUAUACAUCCCACUGUUUCAUCACCCAGCAGCAGCUAUUCCACUGUAUCAAGAUGCUCGCCAUCGCCAAGCACAAACGAUUCAGCCAGUUCUCCGUACAGUGGCAAUGCAAAAUAUCGUGCAGCAUAUCUGGCAUCCAGUGGAUCUCCACCUUCUUCGACCGCCACUGCACCGGGCUCGGCCAAUUCGCCACAGCAUUACUCGAGACAGUCUCCACUAAACUUUGCGCGAUCGCCUCCUCCAACACAUCAAUCAAAUUAUUUGCCCAAUUCCAGUCAUCGUCCUGCCGGUGCAAAAGAUUCUCCCUCGUCGCCUCGAGCUUCCCCCAGCGUGGAAUCGGUGCGCGGCGCUACAACCACUCCCACCUCAUCCAGCUCAUCCGCACCUACCAUCCGAACUGUCCCUAAAAAGACGGCUGCUCUGCGGCAGCAAUUCGGUUCCCCCUCUUCCUCUCCAUCAACGAUAGACCAACCGAAGCGGGAACGAUCGAAUUCCAAUGCAUCUUCCACAUCCUCCGAAGUAAGCCGAAACACUCACUACAAAAAGGACCUGGAUUAUGCUGAACGUUUAGCUUCUUCGUCCGAUGUGGUCGAUGGUCAUUCAGUUGCCACCUCCACAGUGAUACGUCCCAGUACGGUCAUUGCUUCACCCACCCCGCAUCACGCGGCGAUGGCCAAUCCAUUCUAUAUGUACCCGCCACAAAUAGCUGCUUCGCUGAUUGCUGCCCAGCAGUCCAGUGCUGUUCCCUUCCUGCCGGCCUCACCGCUGACUUCGUACUACCAGCACAUGUACAACCAGGCAGCGGUCGCUGCAGCCUAUCGAAACCCUCUUUGGAUGCACUAUCAGGGGUUGUCACCGCAUGCCGCUGCCGCAGCGGCUGCAGCAGCAGCAGCUGUGUCGCCGCCAAGCGGUGCACCGCCACCUCUCGUACCAUCGUCCUCAUCUCCAGCUGGUCAAUCCAGCAACAACCGUGACGCACAACAACGGGAUUCCAGUCGAACACAUUCCACCAAUCAUCAGCAAAACGCCAACAACAUUGUCAGUAGCAGCAGUUCUCCUUCGCCGUCAAUUGCCGCCAUGAACUACAGCGCUUCUGCGCUGGCCUCUUCCCCUCACCAUAUUCAUCCGCACCAGCAGCUCCAGCACGGGCAGCAUCCUAGACUUUCGUCACCGUGGAGGGUUCCGGUAUCAUCAUCCUCGGCACUAACGCACGACCCUGCUGCCGGAACAACGCCUCCGUCGUUGAUGAGCUCGUCCUCGUCGGCGACGGCUUCCGCUACCGGCAGCAGCAGCAGCAGCAGCGCGUUGGGUGGCAUGAAGGAAGACCUCGGGGCAGAUGUUCCGCUGAAUCUGUCGAAACACUAAAACAAGAAACACAGCGUCGCUGUUGCACUGAAGAUGAAGAUGUCCACCAAGGAGGUAGGUUGACAUCUCGGAACUGAACGCACUGCAAACAUCGAAAGAAUUGAAGAAAUUCACGACCGUACCAGCAAGAUUUGAAAACAGAGGAAAAAUAAAGCUUAUGUUAAAACAAAACAAUAGGAUAGGAUUGAUGGAUCGAUGAGAGCUACGCCUAGCGUACAAUGUGUCGCACAUUUGUGUCUGUUUUGUAUGUUGUUAGAGUGAUUUGUCAUACAUUAGUAAAACAAGAAGGCAGACGGAUAUAUUUCCGAGGUUCGAAUAUGUGUAUUUUUAUCAGCGAGGGGUAAGCAAACAAACAAUAAAUCUAGCCGUAUGCUUUUUAGUGUUGGUGUGAUUCCGCAUAACUAUACCUAAUGUUUUAAGAAUUCAUAGUUUUGUAUAUGAAGAGAAAGAGAAUGAUUAUACUGCGUCGACACAGAGGUGGGUCCAGACUACAAAACAGACUACAAACGAAAACCCAAGGUUUUUAACUAUUUUUCCGAAUAUUAACAAACAAAACAAGAGGAAAGCUAUUUUUGCUAAGAAUUGUAAGAAAUUAUUAAAAGAGGAAAUUAUAUACAUGUAACAUAUAUACACUCAUCUACAUAUACACGUACAGAAAUAUUAUAUAUACAAGAAAGAAAAGAAGAAAAAAAAACAAAUCACUUUCAGGCGUUUUGCGGAUGUAACAAUUUCUUAGGCAGUGUUUUCGAUUCGGUACAUUUUAGUACUGAAGCAGCUUGCAUACUAUGUAGAACUAAAGAUGCAGAGAACGUGAGUCAAUUAAAGGAUUCAUGCGCACGCAACCCGCCAGACCAUAUGAUAAGGGAUCCGAAUUACUCAACUAAACGAACCAUUGCGUUACGCUAUCUCCUUCGCAUUGGCAUCAACGUGAACACAAUUCCUCAGCCAGUUCAGGUUACGAACUAGAGCACUGUAAUUUUAGGUCUAGCGAUGUGUUUUUCUCUAAUCCUUCGUACUAUGUACCUUUCAUUCUCUAUCCUUCUUCCACUUUGCUCUAGGAGUAUUCUGUCCAAGCUCGCCAGAAUAAUGACUCGGAAGAGAUACGUAAGUGAAUCUCAGUCUCUCACCAAUUAGAAGUUUGUGUUUAAGAAUUGUCGUAACUGAAAAUGUAAUAUGUAUAUUCUAUUAUAGACUGAAACCUUAACUUUUAGGAAGUUGCGUAACCUAAGUGAGAACGAAUAAGCUUUUGGGUGUGUGGGAGAUGAUAAUAAUAGGAUGAGUUUGCUUCCAACAUUCAAAGACAUGGAAAAACGAACAAAACAAAAAUAACAUUUAUUAUAUAUCUGUAAAGAUAAAUCUAACAAAUCAAACUAUCGGAAAUUCCAAAACAAAAAAAAAUCAGCCAAUCAAACACAACAUGGUGCAAAUGCAGAGAUCCAAAAUGUGCAGAAGAAAGAUAGCGAAAAAAUAUUUUUAUACAUCGAAAAAAGCGAAGAGAUUUUUCGGCAAGCAAAGAUUUUUUUACAACCAGUUCGUUAAAAGAAGUUUUACUAAAAUCGUAGAGAAAAAAGAAACACAACUUGUCUAGAACAAACCAACAAAACAAAAAACGAGUGUGCCUUUUAAAACAUCAACAACAUCAAAUAAAAAAAAACUACACAAAUUGAUCGAAUACAAGAACACUACAAUUAUAACGGUAUAGAAGAUCUUGUAAGAAAACCAAGCAAAUUAAAAAGACAAAACGACGAUAGUCAGAUCGCACUAUAAACUGAACUCAGGGGACGCGGGAUUUCAGUAUGCGCCUAUGAUAGAGCUACAACACACUUUCCUAAUUUAUGAUUGUCUGGGUUGAUAUUUUGGUCGACGGUCGAUUGGUCGAACGGCUUUGGCUUUGACAAAUCCUUGAGCAGAGGAAAUGCUAGAAGGUGUUUGGGCGAAACAUUCCAAGGCAUACAUAUCUACUAGACAUCUUCCACCAUUUCCGCUCGUAUUUCCCCGGUGUAUACAAUGAAGCAUUUCGCGAAAGUUUGCUGCCGUCAUUUACGUUUAGAUAAUUUCACGUGAGUGACUUAUCGGGUGAAUGACGUCACCAAAGUUCGAAUCAAUUGAUACUUUUAGUCUUUACUAUGUCUAUUUUUUUCUAGAGCGAAGGAAAAUAGAAUUUUUUUAGAAAUUAUACUUACAAUUUCAGACGUUCCUAUAUCUAUAAUGUAUUAGAGGAAAAACGAUGUGGUUUGACUAGAUAGUUAUUUGUUUUUUUACGGUUUAGUUUAAGAAAAUGAAAAGUUUUUAUUCAUUUCACUGAACCUCUGCUAGUUAUUGCAGAUUUUCAGUGAAACGAAUUCGACUUUUUGUUAUUUUCGUCAUUUCGCACUCGACCAAAGUAUCAUUCCAACUUUUAAUAUUCUCAAAAACUUUUCCGGCAGAACCUCUGUUUGCAGAUUGGUACCUACAUUACAAAAAAAUAAAACGGCACUAAAUGGGGUUAGAAAGAAAACUAAGUAGGCGUAACUUUUGAACAAACAUUUCAUGUUCAGAUCACAAGGUCGGAAAAAGUAUCUCAAAAGUUAUGCUUGCAAUGUUUUCCAACAAAAAAUAGGCAUACACAUUUUUUACGCACACCGGUACAUUCCAAUGGCAAGCUGACUAUUAUAGCUCACGUAUAUUUUCCAUCGCGGAAAUGAAAAGCAUUUACCUAUAUGCGAAACCACAAAUGCAAGUCGCACAGCAAAUCAUAACAGGAUGAGAUAAAUGCUUCAUUUUGAACUAUACCCAGCAGCUCUUACCUAUCAGUCAAACUAUCGGGUCUAGCAAAACGUUUUUCCAGAAAAAAAGCUUGCAGAACUGAGCGUUUUCCAAACCGAAAUAAAUUGUAGCUAGAGAGCAAAAACACAAAAAAGUUAAUGUAUUCUAUUUCUCUUUGAGAGCAAAAUUUGUAUAAAAUUGUUUGAUUAAUAUAUGAAGUGGUAAUUUAUUUAAUUUAUUUUCGCUAUCGAAUCAAAAAGAGACCCAAUUUUUCGUAGAAAGAGAGAGAGACAGUAGAGAACAAACAGAAUAAAACUCAGUUCGAAUUUCGUAAAUUGCACAUAGCUAUGCCGGCCAAUGAUCAAGUCGUUGUACAUAUUGUUUCUCCAGUUUAUCUUCGGACAUCCGUUCACGCUCGCUCACCAUCAAAACUGGUAGGUUUUAGCAGAGAAUGGAUGGAUUAAUAUUUUGCUUAAGCGAAAACCAAACUGAGCACUGUAUAAACAACUUUUAUGUUAGUAUUAAGUAACCGCAAGAUUUCACUGUAAAAAAACACUUAGUGUGAUGAACUGAGUCUAGGACAUUCGAGCACAUACACAUGCACGCACGCGCGUCCUUUAAUAUAUGUUUGAAUUUAUUGUAGUCUGUUUUUACACCGGUAUUUCGUUAAAACGAAUCGUCCCUUUCGUGCGACCGGGACGUUAGCAAGUUUUUCCGAAUACAACCUCAAUACACACAAUCUAAUCAUUAAUCCGUAAUUUUUCUCUUAUUCAGCUUUGUAUUAAACUGACUCCAACCAACACCAUUCAUUCACUUAUUCAUUCAUUCAUCAUCAAAUACAGUUAAUCCGGUACACUAUUCACUGUAUCGUGCAAAUAAAACCGAUAUUCCUAUGCAAUCAUCUAUCACUAAGAUCAGUCCUGCUGGUACUUCUAUUACCUAUUAUUACAUUAGUCAGCUGCUUUAUACGAGUAAACACAACCAUUCGGCAGAAACCAAUGCAUUUCAUUUUUCUAACGAUCGAGAAAAAAAAACAAAAAAGACAAAAAUCGAAUAACAGAAAAGAGACUUUACAAUCAACAUCGGAACGACGCGAAUACACGGUCACAAACACACACACUCUAUUGAACAGAUUAAUUAAUAAAUGUACAUUCAUUUCGAUAAGCCUAAUCACAUUUAGGGUAGCCAACAACGCGUCAAGACAUAAGUUGCAAACGGUAGGAUUUCAUUAGGUAUUUGUUUCAGCUGUAAGUUAUUGUAUUAUGAGGUCUUUUUUAUUUAGUUUCCCAAUUGUAAAGGAGAAUAUUUUAUUUUAUAAUUUUUUUUUGUGAACCAGGAUUGCGGAAGCAACGAUUGCCACGAAAGCCAAUCGCUGCUCAUCUUUUGGGUGAAGUUAUUCUUUUCUAGGCAAACGCUUAAUUAAUAUAUAUAAACAAGGAAAUAACCGGCGUGGGCAAAUAAACAAAAAUGAUUGUCAGAAAGCGAACUACAAACGUGGAAAAACAAAAACAUGAUGAGAAAAAUCUAUCUACAAGAGUAGCUGUACAGUAUUUUUCAUAUAAAUAUAUUUUAUUACUCGUAUCAAUUACAAUUAUUAUAAAAAGUAUAAUAUAACAACACAAGAUAAAAUGGAAGAAAUAAAACAGAUUAAA